ACAUUACGUCAAACUCGGUGUCGAAAAGUUUGUUUACAUUCGGCUCCACUGGAGAAUACAAAUCGGAAAAUUCCUGCACAACAAAAACCCGUUCGAUCCCGGAACGAAAUCCCGCUAGGAUGGACCGGAGCAGACGGCUCUCGUGCGAGAGUUCCAACGAUCCGCCGACGGUGGCCGCUCCGAUCAACUUUGCCACCGACAAGUACCCGUUCUGCAUCGUGUGGACACCGAUCCCGGUGCUGACCUGGUUCUUUCCCUUCAUCGGCCACAUGGGCAUCGCCAUGUCCAACGGAGUGAUCCGGGACUUUGCCGGGCCGUACUUUGUGUCCGAAGACAACAUGGGCUUCGGCCGACCGACCCGGUACCUGCAGCUGGAGCCGGGCUUCGUGGACGGCGGCCUGGUCGAGUGGGACGAGUGCGUCUCGAAGGCGUCGGUGGUGUACGGAACGCGGAUGCAUAACCUGUUUUGCGACAACUGUCACUCCCAUGUGGGGAUGGCCCUCUCGUUGAUGAAGUACAAGCAGUACACAAACUGGAACAUGGUCGUGCUGGCGUUCUGGUUGUUCUUUGCCGGAAAGUACGUCGGGCUGAAGGGAUUCCUGAAAACCUGGACCCCGUUCGCGAUAGUAUUCAUCACCUGUACGCUGGUGGCGGUCUACCUGAAGUAAGGGCCGCCGGAGAACCGAACCACAUUGCAUAUUACAUAGUGGGUUGAUAUUUGCGGGAAAGGCGAUAGGAUUGACUUUAUGUGAGGCAUAACCAUAACUGUACUGUAUUUAUUUUAAACAUAUGUAUAACCUAAUCAAAACUUUUAAUAAAUGGAGUGUAGGAAAAUGCG